CACUUCUACAUCCACUAUCGUGUUACUUUUACCACUAACAUCCACCUACUCCGCUGUGGAGGGUGGCGCGUCGACGACAAGCUAAGACGCUUCAAUUAAUGUCUAGGAAAUGGGGCAGGGGCUGAGCUGCGGACAACUUCAGGAAAAUGAUCUGUUCGUUGCAGUCCAAACUGGAGAGAUUGAAACAGUUGAAGCAAUGGCCGAUGAGAACCCAAAUUUGUUGACAGUGAAAACCGUACAUGGAAAACUCUCUGCACUUCAUGUAGCUGCUGCAAAUGGUCAGAUCGAGGUUCUUUCUGUGCUUUUGGAUCGGUGUAGUAAUCCAGAUAUAUUGAAUCGCCAUAAACAGACUCCAUUGAUGUUAGCUGCUAUGCAUGGAAAUAUUUCCUGCGUGGGAAGACUGGUUCAAGCUGGAGCAAAUAUAUUGUUGUUUGAUACAUUAUAUGGAAGAACCUGUUUGCAUUAUGCAGCCUACUAUGGUCAUUCAGAUUGCCUACAGUUGAUUCUUUCUUCUGCUCAUUCUACUCCAGUUGCGCAUUCUUGGGGAUUUUCGAGAUUUGUUAACAUAAGGGAUGGAAGAGGUGCAACCGCACUGCAUUUGGCAGCUCGUCAAAGGCAACGUGAUUGUGUUCGCGUUCUAUUGAGCAGUGGGGCUCUUGCGUCUGCCUCCACUGGUGGAUAUAGCUACCCAGGGAGUACUCCUCUUCAUUUGGCUGCACGGGGUGGUUCUUUGGACUGUGUUCGAGAAUUGCUUGCUUGGGGUGCUGAUCGUCUUCAAAGAGAUUCCUCUGGGAGAAUACCUUACAUGGUUGCUGUGAAGCACAAACACGACGCAUGUGCCGCGCUGUUAAAUCCUCUGGCUCCUGAGCCUUUGACUUGGCCCUCGUCCUUGAAAUUUAUCAAUGAGUUGAAUCCUGAGGCAAAAAGUUUAUUAGAAAAAGCCCUAAUUGAAGCCAAUAAAAAGAGAGAAAAAGCUAUCUUGAUGGAGAAAUCUGACUCAAAUCCACAACCUUCUAGUUUUGGUGGCACUGACGAUGAUUUUGAGUCGAAGAAUAUCAUGCAGGUCAACGAUGCCAAGCUAUGUUGCAUUUGCUUCGAGCAUGAGUGCACAAUCGAGGUUCAAGAAUGUCGUCAUGAGAUGUGUGCUCAUUGCACUCUGGCUUUGUGCUGUCACAACAAACCCAAUUCUGCUGCUAAUUCUGCAAAAAUUCCACUCUGUCCCUUCUGUCGGACUCCCAUUACUCGGUUAGUUGUUGCCAAGAAUAAAAUUGAUUGUGAGAUGGAGUUGGAGUUUAGUUCUACAAUGCCUAGAAGAACAAGAAAGUCAUUUAAUCUUGGUGAAGGCAGCAGCAGCUUCAAGAGUUUGUCAUCCUUGGGUUCAUUUGGGAGAUUGGGCCGCGGUUCAGGUAAGGUUGGUGACGAUUGCAACGAGUUUGAUAAGACUUAGGGCUUGGAACCAGGAGAGACGCAACACUUAUCUUGAUAACUUCAGUCUAGCGCUAGAUUAGAUUGAAGAGCAAUUGGGCAGUUUCAAGUCCAAAAGCGGUUUUAUGAUUAUUAUUUUCUUGAAUAUAGAGGGUUUUCUCUAUUUUAUGUGCCCAGUUUCUAGUGAAAGAUAAACUUUUCGUAUUACCAAACGUGAAUAACACACAUCUGGAUGUACGAAAGAUGCCCAUUCCUCUAAAAUUUGUUGCUUUUUGCUUGUUCUCAA